AUGAAGUUAUCAUGUCGAGUCCUGCUGCAGUGCUUCAUGCUUGUAAUUUUGCUGAACGCCACUGGCAAUGACGCUGCAACACAGAGUAAUGAAAGGAAUGACAGUGAGGUGGUGGGCGAUAUAACGGAGCAGUUGUUGGAUGAUAACGUAGUACUUUAUGAUGAUGCAAGUUCGAGUAAUGAAGCAUACAUCCCAAAAGAAGUGAGAAACGAAGAAAGAUAUGCAACGGAAAGUCUUUUACUUUCUACUACUACACAAAUGCAAAAGGCAGAGCUACGGGAUAACCUACAUAAAGCUGAGAAUUUGUAUCGUGAACCAGAUAAACGCAUAAUAUAUAAUAACCACAAGCAGCAACAGUAUCAACAUCAUCGAAAUUUUAGCAAACCAAACACUUCUUUAAGUAAACUAUUUCACAAAAGAAAAAAUUUCAAAAGACAUCAGCGCAAACAUAAACAUCAGCGCAAAGCACAGCGCCAUCAAUCACACAGCAAUAACAUACACAUAUCACAUGUGCAACAUGAAAAACAUACGAAGAGACACCACUUCCAACCACAACAAGGCAGACAUCGUAAACAUUCGACAGCACUACGUCAAAUGGCACUGGACAGUUGGGAUUAUCUGAAUGAUGAAAUUUUUAUUCCAGCUGCUCCAACCAUGCAAACAGCCACUUUACACAAAUAUACUAACAACAACGAUAGAUCCACUGAAAAUGAAUUGCAAAGGACAGCGGUUGAAACAGAGAAUCAAGAAUUAACGCUACAUAAACAACUGCAGACAGAUUUGCUAUAUGCAACAGAUCAGCAUGAAUCGAUGCCUCUGCAACAUUAUCAUCAACAUACGCAUCACCAGUACCAUCAAUCUCAUCAUCCACACAAAAAUUCAAUUGUUAACAAGGAACAGCAGUUGCCAAAGGAAAAUAGCGAACUGAGUGAACAAUUUCUAUCGAUAGAAACAACACUUCCAGCACUUACUGCAUAUGAUACAUGGGAUCUCGACAGAUUUCGAAACAUAACCAGCACAGAUUAUUUUGCUGCCUCGCCACGUUCGGGACGCCAUCGUGGCCGGCAUGUACCAUUGGCACAUACAUUAAUGCCAUUAACUUCGGUAGGUGUUGGAAAUAGCGGCAAGGUAUUUCGUUCUCUGCCAGAUUCAGAGGACUUUAACUAUGAUUUACUACAUCGUCACACUAUCGUGCAGCGCCAUUGGCCUGUCAAACAUGAGGCCAUAGUUGAAGGAGAUUUAAUACUUGGUGGUUUAAUGAUGGUGCACUCACGUGAAGAUAGCGUUAUUUGUGGGCCUAUUAUGCCGCAAGGUGGCAUACAAGCUUUAGAAGCAAUGUUGUACACAAUCGAUCGUAUCAAUGAGAAGCACCUGCUGCCCAACAUAACCCUAGGAGCACACAUAUUAGAUGAUUGCGAUAAGGAUUCAUAUGGCUUAGAAAUGGCUGUUGAUUUCAUUAAAGGUUCCAUCAGCAAUAUAGAUGACGCUGAGUAUCAUUGCAAUAAAACACAAGUGCGCAAGGUCAUUUCCGGUGUGGUCGGCGCUGCUUCUUCUGUUACAUCCAUACAAGUAGCCAAUUUACUGAGGCUUUUUCGCAUUCCGCAGGUUUCGUUCUUCUCAACAAGUCCUGAGCUAAGUAACAAGCAACGUUUCGAGUAUUUCACCCGCACAAUACCUUCGGAUCAUUACCAAGUCAAGGCCAUGGUCGAAAUUGUGAAGCGCAUGGGUUGGAGUUAUGUGUCUAUUAUUUACGAAGAAAGUAACUACGGCAUUAAGGCUUUCGAAGAACUGGAGGAGUUGCUUGCGCGCCACAAUAUCUGCAUCGCAAUAAAAGAAAAACUUGUCAAGGACUCGGGCGUUGCUGAGGAAAUAGCAUAUGAUAAUAUCGUGCAAAAGCUCUUAACGAAGCCGCGUGCUCGAGGCGCCAUUAUAUUUGGUUCGGAUCAGGAAGUGCGUGAAGUAAUGCGAGCUGUUCGUCGCAACAAUGCAACUGGUGCCUUUUCAUGGAUUGGGUCAGAUGGUUGGAGUGCGCGGAAUCUCGUUUCUGAUGGCAACGAACCAGAGGUUGAGGGAACACUUUCCGUACAACCUCAGGCCAAUCCAGUAAGGGGUUUUGAAGAAUAUUUCCUCAAUUUAACUGUUGAAAACAACCAACGCAAUCCUUGGUUUGUAGAAUUUUGGGAGGACCAUUUUCAAUGUCGCUAUCCAGGUAGCUUCAGCACACCAUACAACAACUAUAAUCGUACAUGCACCACAAAGGAGAAACUUUCACGAGAAAAUACUGACUUUGAGGACCAACUUCAAUUCGUGAGUGAUGCAGUUAUGGCAUUUGCAUAUGCUUUGAGGGAUAUGCAUCGUGCUUUAUGCGGUGGCAAACCCUUGCUAUGUGAUGCCAUGAAGCCGACAAAAGGUGCCGAUUUGCUGAGAUUUUUGCGGAAGGUCGAGUUUCAAGGACUCAGUGGAGAUGAGUUUCGAUUUGAUAUAAAUGGAGAUGGGCCAGCUCGAUACAACAUAAUCCAUUUUAAGCAAUCAGCAGAAGGACAAUAUCAUUGGGUUAAAGUGGGUGAAUAUUACGAGGGCGAGUUACGUUUGAAUAUGUCAGAAGUGCAAUUUAAACUGUUGCAUCCGAAGCCACCUGAGUCCGUGUGCAGUCUGCCAUGCGAACGUGGUCAAGCGAAAAAAUAUGUUGAGGGCGAAAGCUGUUGUUGGCACUGUUUCAACUGCUCCAUGUACCAAAUACGACAUCCAAUGGAUGAGACACAAUGUCUUACAUGUAAACUAGGCACCCUGCCCGAUAUCAGCAAACAAUUUUGCCAGACAAUACCGGAAGUUUACUUACGCCCAGAAUCAGCCUGGGCGAUUGGAGCUAUGGCAUUUAGUGCAACUGGCAUAUUGGUGACGCUUUUUGUUGUGGGUGUAUUUGUUAGGCACAAUGACACUCCAAUUGUUCGCGCUUCUGGCCGGGAACUGAGCUAUAUUCUUUUAGCGGGUAUUUUAAUGUGUUAUGCAGUUACUUUUGCUUUGGUGCUGAAGCCAACGAACAUUGUGUGCGCUAUACAACGCUUCAGCGUGGGAUUCUGUUUCACGGUUGUCUAUGCUGCACUACUCACAAAAACGAACCGCAUAGCUCGAAUUUUCAAAGCUGGAAAGCAAUCUGCGAAGCGCCCUUCCUUCAUCAGCCCAAAAUCACAGCUGGUUAUUUGCUCGUUUCUAAUAUUUGUGCAGAUACUUAUCAAUGGCGUUUGGAUGGUGAUUGCUCCGUCGCAUGCCAUGUACCAUCACCCAACGCGUGAGGAUAACCUGCUUGUCUGUGACUCGUACAUUGAUGCAUCCUACAUGAUUGCGUUCUUCUACCCAAUCGUGCUAAUUGUGAUUUGCACUGUUUACGCAGUGCUAACACGUAAAAUACCAGAAGCAUUUAAUGAAUCAAAACAUAUUGGAUUUACAAUGUACACAACAUGCGUCAUUUGGUUAGCAUUUGUGCCACUUUAUUUUGGCACUGCUAACCAUGUGCCUCUGAGAAUAACAUCCAUGUCGGUUACCAUCAGCUUGUCGGCGAGCGUAACAAUAGCGUGUCUGUUUUCGCCAAAGCUCUAUAUAAUACUCAUACGCCCCGAGAGAAAUGUGCGGCAGAGUAUGAUGCCCCCACGUUAUGCGAACAUGCAUCGUACCGCUGGCACCGGCCCGUCUUCAAUGAUGGCAGCGGCUGUUGUAACGGCGGCAACUUGUGCGCAAGAAGAGAAAAUACAAAAGCAUAUCACACCAACGAACACAGAGCACAACUGCAAGGCGAAAAAACUCUGUGAAAUGGCGACGCAAACCAUCGCCAUAUCGAAUAUAUUUACCAAUAUAGAUAGCAGUACUUACAACCAAAUACCCUAUGCCGAUCAAUUUGUGCCAACAAACCACAGAGAGGAUAUACCCUCACACAAGGACAAAGAAAAGCAUGUAAUAAUACAGGAAGCGAGCUCGCAACAAAUUGUUGUUGCAAACAAUAAUAAAAUAAAUCAGCAACAACAUGGUCAAAUAAUUGGAACAGUGGCAGCAACACCUUCAGCCACAAUAGUGACAGCAAUAAAUGGUGCUGCGUCUAUUACGCCACUCGGUAAUCACAUCAUGCUACAGCAGCAUACAACAGCAACAUCUACGACAAGUUGUGACAAUGAUUGUAAUCGUAUCCAAACAGCAACAACGAGUUUAUAGCCAAGGGCACA